AUGUAUCGUAAACGUUCAAAUUAUUUAUAUGUUUUCGUACUGGCAAGUUUUGCGGUCACAGCUACUUGUUGUUUGGAAUCGAAUUCAUUGAUAAAUGAAAGUACGAGAAGUUAUAAACAGAGCUGCCCUGUCGAAGUGGCUUUCCAACAAGAUAGAAUUCAUCGUUCUUGUGGGAUGGAAAGAAAGCGUUUUAUGAAACGAAGAGUUGUCUAUACAGCAAAUGGAGUCUCUACUUUUAAUCCGGCGACAUUCAUGCUAACUCAAAGUGGGAUAAAUUUGAUUAAUCCUGGUCCGUAUCAGCGGGAAUCAGCUGCGAAGUUUUCAAAUCGACAGCAGUUCCGUAAUGUUUCAUAUUCUGUUCGGUCGGACGGCGAGGUUGGGCGGCUGCAAGGAUCAAGUGGUCGUUUGAAGGAUAAGUUUUUCAUAACACAUAUCAAUGUUAGAAGUAUUUUGCCUCAUAUUGAUGAACUAAGGCUAAUUUUUAAAGAUAAUUCUCCUGCAAUGAUUGCUAUUACUGAGACAUGGUUGGAUGAUUCCGUCGCUGACUCAGAAGUUGAAAUAUACGGCUAUUCUCUUCAUCGUUUGGACCGAUGUAAUAAGCGAGGUGGAGGGGUUGCACUGUACUUAUCAGACAAUCUCAAGUAUAUUCGAAAGAGUGAAUUUGAAGAAGGUCCGGAGGCGCUGUGGAUGCAAGUUGAAUUGAAUAAUAUCAGAUAUUUAAUUGGUUGCGUUUACAGGGCUCCUGAUGAAUCCCUUGAGGUCUUUGAUUAUAUGGACGAUGUUUUAAGGUAUGCAACACGAAAUAAUUUGGAAGUAAUUAUCUUAGGUGAUUUGAAUUGUGAUUGUCUGAAUGUCUCGCUUAAACAAAGCGUGAAAUUAAACGAAUUUAUUUUGGAAAAUGAUCUUGAGCAGUUAAUCAAAGAACCCACCCGCGUAACGAGUAACACGAAAUCCCUGAUUGACGUCCUGAUUACCACCACACCAAGUUUGUUUAAUAAAACAGGGGUUCUAAGUGUAACUUUAAGCGACCACUAUCCUAUUUAUGGUAUAAUGGCUUUCCCAGGGACCAAUUUAAAAAAACAUAAGAUAAUUACGACCCGGUCCUGGAAUGAAAAUAAUAUUAACAACUUUGUAAAUGAGCUGGAGCAAGUAUCAUGGAGUGUUAUUGAUGCUUUUGACGACGUUGAUGAUAUGUGUUUUGCAUGGGAGAGGGAAUUUAAAUCUAUAUUUGAUAACUGUUUUCCACAAAAACGAAAACGGAUACGUAAACAAACUCAUCCGUGGCUUGACAGUAUGUUACUUCGGUUAAUGAGAAAACGUGAUCAAAUGCAUAAACGGGCAAGAAAAUCUGGUUCAUCUGUGGAUUGGGAUGAGUAUAAGCGCCUCCGUAAUCUAGUAACUAGCGCUCUUAGAAAGAAAAGGCGGAACUACUUUUCUAAUAAGCUCAAUGAAACUCGUGGAAACCCUAAAGCUUUCUGGGAUACACUACAUUUGGUAUACCCAGGAAAAAGUAAACAAAAUGUAAUUGAGAAGCUGAUUGUUGAUGGACAAGAAUUGUGUGAUAAGCAAGAUAUUGCAAAUUCUCUGAACGAGUUCUUUACAACUAUUGCGAACUCACUAUUAUCAAAUCAACCUCCGCCGAAUUUACAAUCUUCGGAUAGUACAAUUGACUGUUCCGACAUUUUCAAUUUUAAAUCUCUGAAUGAAUCGGAUGUGCUCAAUGCACUAACAAUGAUAAAUACAGGUAAAGCAACUGGUGCAGACGAAAUUCCAGCUAAAGCUUUAAAAAUUGCCGCACCAUACAUAAGCCAAGUGUUAACUAAGAUCUUUAACACAUCCUACCAAAACGGACAUUACCCUUCCCUAUGGAAAGUAGCUCGGGUUAUCCCCCUUUUUAAGGGUGGGUGUAGAACUGAACGGGAUAAUCAACGACCAAUAUCGGUAUUACCAUGUGUCUCGAAGAUACAUGAAUCUUUUGUUAAUUCAGAUCUUCAGGAAUUUGCGUGGGAUAAUGCUUAA